GUCACCAGUUUUCGUCAACGCGUCGGACUGCGCGUUGUGCCCAACCUCGAAGUUGAAACUCAUGUCUUUUGUCCUCGAGAUCGAUGUUGCAGCUUUACAGAGCAAACUGUACCACUGUAGGACGCAAAAUGAGCUUGGAUAUUGUGAAGUUCUCCGAUGAAAGCUUCAAGGCUGAACAAUAUGUGCAUAGCAUCUUGACUCAGAGUUCGGAGGAAGGUGUCAGAAGCUUCCACCAAGCACUUGUGGACGCCGGAGAUGCAGCCGCCGCAGAUUUGCAGCGCAAUGUCUACAAGAACUAUUCCGAGUUUGUCCUCAUCUCGAAGGAAAUUUCCAGAUUGGAGACCGACAUGUGGUCUCUCCGAGGAUUGCUGGCCGACUUCACGGACGUCAAUCAAGCGUUGCUGAAGACUAUUCGGACCGAAGAGCCAUCCACAGUCGAGAAGACGACAGAAACAUCGCAGGAUCAGGACCUCAAUACUAGAACUGCCACUCCUUCAUCGACAUUAGCAGCACAAUCCGAGACUCAGAACAGGAUUUCACAGCUGUCGACUUUGUAUGAUACCAUCGAAGGGCUCUCGAAGAUCCUCCCGCCGUCGCCAUUGCGAUAUCUCGUCCGCGACGGUUCCACAUCUCGCUUUGGAGAAUCGAAUCCGUCCAAUAUGAAUAAAGUACUACAGAGCGUGUACUUCUACAUCCUCAGUGAUACGCUCGUCGUCACAACCAAGAAGCGUGGUAUUAUCAGCGGCAAAAACAAGAUGGUUUUAGACAAAUGUUGGAGUUUGGGCGAUGUCGCAAUUAUUGACGUCAAAGAUUCCACGGAAGUCAGCAACGCUUUCAAGAUCUUACGGCAUCCGGACACUUUCAUUUAUCGCUCAGAUACAUUGGAAGAGAAGAGAUCUUUCCUGACCGCCUUCAAGAGAUACACUGAUGAGCUCAUGCUGCAGAAGCGGGCGGCCCUGGAGAACGCCAAAAACAAACAGCCAAGCGCGACGCCUUUGGAGGAGGUGGUUAGCCCAACUCAAAGGGAAACAGAUCGGGAGGAAAGGGCGCGUAGGGCAUUGAGAGACGACUUGAGCAACGCCGAAGUAAAGUGGUUAAUGGAACUCAGCGACGAGUUGGAUGUCUUGGUUGCACACCGGGACUUUGACGUGGCAGUCGGUUUGAUUGAAGAUGCGAGGCGAACCUUGUCCAAGUCCAGUGCGGAGACACCACGUGUGGCACAAAUCAAAGCCAGCUUGGAGGAGCGGACAAACAAGCUGGCUCAACUUGUUAGCAUGGAUUUUGCGAACCCAGUCGCUACGAAAUCACAAGUACAGGCAAACAUCGACAAACUUCUGCGGCUUGGAAUGGGGGAUCAGGCCCGAGACUUUUUCCUGACGUCUCGCACUGCCAUUAUUCGUCAUCGGAUUCGCUUGGUCAGGUUUGGGGGCGAUGUGUCGAUAUACAUAUCAGACCUGGCCCAGGUAGUGUUCAGACUGACGAGGAAUACGUGCGACUGGUAUGGGGGAUCAUUCCGAGAUACGACGAUGGCUUCAGGCUUCAUGAAGUGGGUGGCAAUAGAGCUCGAGAACUUCACCCAGAUUUUCCGUAGACAAGUUUUCGACUGCCAUCCGUCUUUUUCGGUUAUUGCCGACUGUCUUCAGCAUACACUAGAGCACUGCAAACCGUUAAAAGAAGUGGGCCUGCACAUUGCACCGAUGAUCACUGAUGCCCUGCAUGACGAUAUCGUCAGGUCCAUUGAGGAGCAUUCGGCCAGCUGCGUUGCCAAUAUUGUUGUAUCUCUGGAAAAGGACAAAUUCGUCGUUGUGGAUGCGAAUUGGUUGAUUGGCAAAGAGGAUGAGUUUGCCGAUAUCACGGCAAAGGUUUCGCAAUCUGUCUAUGAACUGUACUCUAUCCUGAUGGACUUUGGCUCGGAUGUCUCGGUUUUGAUGUCCAUAUCGUUGUACAACAAGAUUGUCACUUGCUUGACGGAUUUCUUUUCGGCGUACGUUGAGAAGCUUAUAAGAUCGUUCGGUGAGACAAAUCGAAACUGGACGUACGGUCAGCGGAGCGUAAUGAUGGUCAACUCCGUCUUCAUUGUCGACGAUUUGCUGCCAAAAGUCGCUGGGCAGCUGGCGCGCCGUUUUGAUAGGGCGAUUCCGGAGAUGGAGGACAUGGGGGUCGCCUUGAAGCACCGCGUGACUGAUCUCCACCAUACACUCUUUAUUGACAUCACACAUGAGCGGCUCACAAAGGAGUUAUGGAACUUUCCGACUAUCGAUUACACAAGUAACGGCGGGAUCCUGGAUUCCGCAAAGCCGUCAGAUAACAUGAUGCGGCUUGUUGAGGAGCUGAAUAAGAUCCUGGGAGCCUUAUCGCCAACCCUCCCGCGCAUCGCCAUGCUCAGUCGAGUCAUCGACCUCAUUUUCACCGCUAUGGACGAACCUCAGUCAUGGGUAACACCCCGCAACACUCCACGACGCUUUGGUUUCCACGGCGUGCAACAGCUUAUCUUGGACAUCAACUUUUUCCUUCGCAUCUGUGAGCCGUUGGUAUCGGAUAGAGCCAGCGAGGCGGCGAACCGAGUUUGCGAGAAAGGGUUGCGAACGUUCUUUUCAGGACAAGGCGCGUCGGCGACUCCUGGGGGUGGCGGAGCCGUCGUCAAGGCUGCUUUGAAGACUGGGGAUUGGUAUGACCAACGCGUAGACAGCGUAAUGGACCUAAUCUCCUCCGAGUUCCCGCAUCUAGUGGCGCUGAGAAAUGCGUCGUCCGGGUCCACCUGAACAUCCUCCAGCGAAUUCAAUGGCUCCCCGCUUCACACUUAUUGG